AUGGCUUUUGAGUCAAUGACAAUAAGCUUUGUUGGAGCUAUCAAAGGAUGCAAGGAAGGGUCUAGAUCAGCUGUUGGGUUAGAUGCUUGUCAUCUAAAUGGUAAGUGUGGUGGUGUGUUGAUGGAUGCAACUGGGUUAGAUGGUCAAAAUGGUUUAGUCACAUUAGGAAUUGGUGUUUUUCCUGCUGAAACAAUUGAGGAUUGGACUAUGUCCCUCACUGACUUGAAGUCAUUACUCUUAAGCCAUGAAAAGCCAUUGACAUUCAUUUUAGAUAGGCAAAAAGGGCUUCUUGAAGCUGUUCUUGAUGUGUUCCCAGACUCAUAUCAUAGAUAUUAUUGGAGGCACUUGUAUAACAAUUUCAAGAAGCAAUUAAGGGACAAAAGUUGUAUAGAUUACUGUGGAAUGCAGCCAAAUUCUACAAGAAGAAACAUUACGCAUUUCUACUUCCCGUACAGUAGACCUCUGCAAACAAGACUUAUAUGUAAUAUUUUAGAAAUAUUUCUUAAUGUUAAUAUGUUUAUGAAAUAUAUGGAAGAUAUGAAGAAGGAGAAUCCUGCUGCUGUCGUGUACCUUGAAAAGGAUGGUUUUGAAUCAUGGUCUAGGGACUUUUUUGAUGACACUAGUAAGUGUGAACACCUAAAUAACAACUUUAGUGAGUCAUUUAACUCCAUGGCAAAAAACCUUAGGGACAAACCAAUAUGUAGACUAGGAAUUCUUUAUAAUCAGUUGGUUAUGAGUUUGUUUCACAAAAGAAGAAAAGAAAGUGCAAAAUGGAAUCCAAAUGGAUUGGUUUCUACUGCUAUGAAACUGAUUGGUAAAUUGUGUAAGUUGGUUGGUGCUUUUAAAGUAGACCCAUAUGUGAGUGGUAAAUUGUAUGAAGUUAUAAAUGAGGAUAGCAAGGCAGUUUUUAUUGUGAACUUGGAAGAAAAGCAGUGCAGUUGUCUACAAUGGCAACUCAGAGGGUUUGUUUCUCAACAUGAUGUUUGUUGUUUGAAGUCAUUCAGAUCUGAUUGGACAAAGUAUUUCUCUCAUUACUACUCAGUUGCUGCAUACAGAGACACAUAUGCUCAAGUUGCUUUCCAUUUCCUCCUCAAGAAGAUUGGUUUGGAAGAACAUGAAAAGGUUGAAUUGGAAUCUUCUAUCAAGAUCAGGAAAUUAGGAAGGACUAGAGUUAAGAGGAGGAGAGCAUGGGAUGAGCCAAAAGUACCUACAAAGGUAUAUUCAUGUUCAAGAUGUAAAUCAACUGGUCAUAACAAAACUACAUGUCAAGGUGGUGAUGUUGGCAAUAAUCCAAAAGCUAAGAGGCAGAGAACCCAAGUAGAUGGUGCUACCUUCACAUCUUUUGACAGACCUGCUCCUCAGAAGAAGCAAUCAUCUCAACCAUCUGGGAUUAGAAAAACAGCAGUUGAAUCUUCUUAUAAUGCUAAGAAAUCUCCUGCUAAAGCUUCUACAACUUCAAAGAAGAAGAACAUGAGUCAAACAAAGAAGUGA